CUAUGAUCCCGGCAGUGACGUCAGAAAGUAAACAGAGGAGCUGUCAGUGGAUUCAGAAAUUGAAUUAAAAGAUAAUUUCGUCAAAAGGGGGCGAUUUAUGAACACUAAGGGACACCUGAAUGACAACCCUGUGCAAAAAUAUAAUUAAGGUUGACCAGGGACAGUGACGCUGCGCUGUGAUGUUCACAGACAUGGACUAUGAGUUGGAGGAGGACAAACUGGGGAUACCAACGGUACCUGGUACUGUGGUUCUGAAGAAAGACCCUAAUAACCUGAUUGGGAUCAGCAUUGGAGGAGGAGCUCAGUACUGUCCGUGUCUCUACAUCGUCCAGGUGUUUGAUAACACCCCCGCAGCUCUGGAUGGGACGGUGGCGGCAGGCGAUGAGCUCACAGGCGUGAACGGGAAGCCAGUGAAGGGAAAGACCAAAGUGGAGGUGGCCAAGAUGAUCCAAGCUGUGCAGGGGGAAGCAGUCAUCCACUACAACAAACUGCAGGCAGACCCCAAACAGGGGAAGUCUCUGGAUAUAGUUCAGGACAUCGUGUUCCAGCUGCAGCGCUUCGUCUCAGGAAUGUCUCAUUACUACGACGAGUGCUACGCCGUCCUGAAGGAGGCGGACGUCUUCCCCAUCGAAGUGGACCUCUCCCGCACCACCAUCAACUACGGCAGCCAUUCGUCGUACACCGGAGAGUACGAGGAGGAAGAGGAGGAAGAGGAGGAGGAGGGAAAAAGAGAAGAGGAAAGAAGACAGGCAGAGAACGGCGCUGAGAAACUGAUCGAUGACGAAUGAGUGAAUGGAGAUGAAGUCCAUUCCUAUAACAUAGCAGCUCUUCACUUUAUAUCAACGCACUCACCAAGCAGCGACCUUUACGGUGGUCGACCAGUGCAAACGUGCUACAACGGCCCAAAACAUUUCCAUCAGGAGAAACACGCUGCCGCUCCAGAAAUUACGUAAAUAUAAAACCACAAAUGUGCCAAAACACACAAGAAACAUCUUCACCAACUUGAGGAAACAUGCGCAGCGAUUACUAAAAGAGCCGCAUAAACGUAGCACUGCAAGAAGCUCGAAACAACAGAAAAGGGGGACACUAAAAAGUGAUGCACGUUUGGGAUUAUGGGAUUAUGAAAGACUGUCUCAUCAGGACAAAAGUGGUUUGUCAAUAUAUUUGAAAUGUCUAGGUUAGCUACGUUAGCAAACUAGUUUACAGCAGAUCUGCAAUAAUAUGUGACCACAUUGUUCAAAUAAGCCGAUAACACUUUUAAGAUGAAAUAAGAUAGGACUUUAUUCAUCCCGAAGGAAAUUGUUGUGCCAGAGUUACAAAAAUACAAUAAACACAUCAGAACAAUAAUAAUAAAAAGAGCAAUUCAAUAUCUACAGGAAACAUUAAGGCACGUUUCCAGUGACAGUGAUAGUUGGCACAUUUUAAAAUCCCCAAAUGUCAACAAGAGCUCCGGUCCCAGCCGUGUCCGGCCCAGCCGUGUGCGACACUUUUUAAUGUCCCUGUUCCCGUUGCGUUUUGAGCUUCUUGCUAUGUUUUUGUAUUUGCAGCGUUGCAUUUAUGCAGCGCUUUUAGGGAACGCUGCGUAUGUUUCGUCAAGUUGAUCAAGAUAUUUCUUCAUUUCCAUGUGUUUUGGCACCUUUGUGUUUUUUUAUUUGCAUCGUUUGUUUCUUCGAAUGGAAAUGUUCCGGGGCGUUGUAAUGUUUUUGCACCUGUAGGUCAUCCGUAGUUCUUUGUAUUGAAUUACGGCAGUUGAAAUGGAUGAAGGUGAAUACUACUGAAAAGCUCUGCUGUAAUGCUAUUUGUUUGUGUUUGUUGGUGGUGUUUUCUUUCUGGGAUACUCUCAAAUCAACAGCGUUUGUGAUUCUUUUUCACUUUAAUUUAAUUUUGAAUCUGAAUGCUUUUAAGGAUUUAAUUUUCUUUAAGAUUUAUAUGCAUAUCUGGUGUGCCUUCUUAGCUCUUAAUGAAGUGUAAUGGCCUGUGUUUCAAUGUUCAUAUUGUUGUGGAUUGUAUAAGUUAUUCCUUUUUAUAUUUGCUUUUUCAUUUUAUUUUUUGAAAAGGGAACUAUCUACUAACUACCUAAAAUGAUGUUUAGUGGUUAUUGUCAAGUGGCACUUUCUCCUCAGCUUAACAGACAAAAUGACUGGAUAAAUAUGAUGAAAUGUGGAGGUGUUGAUGAAGAAGAUGACUGAAGCAGACUUCAUUUUAUUCCUACAUGAAGACUUUGUUACAUUCCUUUAUCCCCUCUUGUUUUAGUCAUAAGAUCAUUUGAUUUAAAUUCAAAUACGUUCAUUUGUAUCCUGUAACACACUGGCAUUGCUCACUUCUUCAUAACAGCACGUUUCUGUUUAGGAGGAGAAGGGAGGAAUGCACACACAGAGCUUUACCACUGUGUGGAAACAAUAAAUACUGCAAACACUACAUGUCCUGUAAAUAAGUGUGUACAAAGGGAAACGGUGUAAAAACAGUCCGUGUACGUAUCAACUGUUUUUCCUCUCCUAAACCAGUAAAUGGAAAAGCAACAUAA